AGACAGAGGUGAACCAUCCUUAUCCUCCGAGACAAUGGUUAUCAUAGAAAUGGUCGACGUAAACGAGAAUCUACACGCACCGGUGUUCGAUGAUUUCGUCGUGUCCGCGAGUGUAUUUGAAAAUCAACCAAUCGGGACUUUAGUGACCACUGUGCGCGCUAAGGACGCGGAUCCGCUAGGAGGAGACUCCAGGAUUGGAUACACCAUUAGGGGCGGCGACGGCAUUGGGAUCUUCUCCAUCGACAACGAAGGUAACAUCAAGACGAAGGUUAUGCUGGAUGUGGAGUCGAAGAGAGGAUACUGGCUGACGGUGUACGCGCAGGAUCACGGAGUGGUUCCUCUGAGUUCGAGUUUGCAGGUGUACGUGGAGGUGCUGGACAGGAACGACAACACCCCGUUGACCGAAGUUCCAGUCUAUUAUCCAUCGGUUCUGGAGAACUCUCCGGCAGGUGUGAGCGUUCUUCAAAUCCAGGCGUUCGAUCGCGACGUCUCGCCCCAACAAUUCACUUUUUCCAUCACCAGCGGCAAUCCGGAAGGUUAUUUUCUCAUCAACUCCACCACCGGUUUGAUCACGACCAGCGGCCGGAAACUCGAUCGAGAAAACCAAGCGGAACAUGUUCUCGAGGUGACAGUCAGGGACGAUGGAAGGCCAUCUUUGUCCUCGACGACCCGCGUCGUGAUCGCGGUGGCAGACAUAAACGACCACGGUCCAGAAUUCGAGCAAAAGUUCUACACCGUUCAGAUCCCAGCAUCACCAUCUACCGACAAACCACUGUUCCAGAAAUCGAGGAACCGCUCGCGGGAGUUCGACCUUUCGAUCGAUACGUUACUAGAGAAUGGAACUUGGGAGACAUUUAGCCCCGACAGCUUGUCAGGAGAUCCUAUCUUCAGGGUACUCGCGAACGAUAAAGACAUUGGUGAUAACGGGAAAAUCCAGUACAGUAUCAAAGGUGGUCGCGGUAAAGGCAAGUUCAAAAUACAUCCAACUACGGGAAUGGUGUACUCGCAACGUGGAUUUGAAGCUGGACAGGAAUACGAGAUGAUGAUAAGGGCCGCCGAUAGCGGAGAACCGCAGCGCAGUCAUCAAACACGGGUAUCCGUGCAAGUUGUCGAGGUUCCGAAGGAAUCCGAGAAUCCGCCAGUCUUCAAGACGAACAAUCAGACCGUCGAGGUUACAGAAAGCGACGAGGUGGGCUUCCUCGUGGCAUUGGUUCAGGCCGCGGACAAAGAUGGCGAUUCCCUGUGGUAUGAUAUUGUUGACGGUGACAAACGAGAUGAAUUCUUCAUCGGUCGGGACAACGGAAACGUGCUGCUAGCGAAGAAGCUCGAUUGGGAAACACAGAACUUCUACAACCUGACAAUCCGUGUUACGGAUAGCGUGCACACUGCUGAGACUCAACUGCUGGUCACGGUGAUCGACAUCAAUGAUCACCGACCGGAAUUUACCGAGAACAUUUAUCACGUAGACAUUUCAGAAAACGUUGAAAAAGGCGAGAAGAUUCUACAGCUGCAUGCAACCGAUGAAGAUGAAGACAAGAAAGUAUUCUACAGCCUUCACGCUGCCCAGAAUCAAGCUUCCUUGGAAAUCUUCCACGUAGAUUCCGUGACGGGAGCCGUUACAUUGAACGAAGUCCUGGAUCGGGAGACCAUCGAAGAACACGUACUUACCGUGAUGGUAAAAGACCAAGGAACGCCCGCAAAACGAAACUACGCCAGGGUUAUAAUAACGGUACACGAUCACAACGAUCAUGCUCCAGAAUUCAUCAGCGAGAUCAUCCAAGGAAAAGUUUACGAAACUUCUCCGAUUGGCGCUGCCGUGGUACAAGUUUAUGCUAUAGACAGGGACAGAGGAGAUAACGCAAAAAUAACCUACUCGAUUACCUCUGGCAACGUAGGUAACAUGUUCGCGAUAGAUCCAGACUUAGGUGUUAUUCGCGUGGCUCGAGAGCUAGAUCUAAGUGUCUCCUCUGAAUAUAUAUUAUUGGUGAAGGCUACGGAUCACGGUUCUCCAGCUUUGUCCAACACGGUACCUGUACACGUGAUGGUCACCAUGGCUGACAACGCUCCGCCUAGGUUCAUCCAGAAAGAAUUAUCCGCUGAGAUCUAUGAGAACCAACAACUGGGUACAUACGUGAAACACGUGGAAGCUAGAAGCACGUCCUCGUUGCAGUUCGAGAUUGUUCAAGGCAAUAAAGACGACACGUUCUUCAUGAACCCCAGUACAGGCAUCAUCGUGAUUAAGAACGAGCUAGAUUAUGAAAAGACCAAGUUUUAUAACCUGACGGUGGCGGCGACUAACAUGGCCAGCGCAGAGGCACACUGUAACGUAAUUGUCCAUGUUCUGGAUCGAAACGAUAACGCGCCCAGGUUCCUGCAAGCUACGUACAACGGAGAAAUAAGCGAAGGCGCUAGCAUUGGUUCCUUAGUACUCACUAAUUCUAGCACCCCACUGGUCAUAAAAGCAGAGGAUGCUGACUCUGAAUUGAACGCCCUUUUGAACUACGACAUAGUCGAAGAUUUACCUCGAAAGUACUUCCACAUAGAUUCGAGCACAGGUGCCAUUAGAACCGUAAUGGUUUUAGAUCACGAAAGCAUUCCAAAGUUCACCUUCCACGUGAAGGUUUCCGAUCUAGGGAAACCGAAAUUGUCUUCCGAGACCACGGCCAAGGUCAUGAUCGUAGUGACGGAUGUAAACGAUUGUCCACCCAAGUUCCUCGAAAACGACUAUAACACCACUGUACUGUUACCCACGUAUAAAAACGUCGCUGUGAUCCAAGUGAGGGCCGUAGAUCCGGACAGUUCCGAGGGUGUCCCACUCAGGUACGACAUCAUCGAUGGAAACAAAGCGCAUACGUUCGAUAUAGACCCCCAGACCGGUGUGAUCACGAUUUAUAAUCCAGAACGUAUGAAGAAAAGCUAUUUGCUAAGGGUCCGUGUCUCCGAUGGGAAGUAUUCGAACGUUUGCCAGGUGAACGUGAUGGUGGAGAACUCGGAGAACUCCGGGCUGAUGUUCCAGAAGGACGUCUACGAGGGUACGAUCCCGGAGAAUUCGACGAGGAUCACGACCGUCGCGGUUGUGAACGUUUUGGGCAGCGCGCUCAACGAGCACAUCGUCUUCAGCAUUCUGAACCCCACCGACAUGUUCGUAAUUGGACCGACAUCCGGCGCGAUCCGGACCACCGGAAUUAGAUUCGACCGGGAGGUUUGCGAACAUUACGAACUGAUAGUAGAAGCGAAGAGUCAGAUGCCGGGCAAAGAGAAGCCAAGGGUGGCGCACGUGAUUGUGAAUAUCACUAUAUUAGACAUUAACGACAACUGUCCUAUGUUUGUUAACUUACCCUAUUACGCCGUUGUGUCCGUAGACGCGCAAAAGGGCGACGUUAUUACCAAGGUACAUGCAGUAGAUAUGGACAGCGGUGACAACGGAGAAGUCAGGUAUGAACUGAAGAAAGGCCACGGAGAGCUAUUCAAGGUAUGUCGGAAAACGGGCGAGAUAUCCCUGAAACAGAAUCUGGAGGGUCACAAUCGCGAAUAUCAGCUCACCAUUGCCGCAUAUGACGGAGGCAUAACACCGUGCUCUAUCGAGGUGCCAGUGAACGUGAAGGUGAUAGAUCGGUCGAUGCCAGUGUUUGACAAGCAAUUCUAUACGGACAGCGUGCUGGAAAGUAUCGAGAUACAUUCGCCCCUAUCUUUGUCUAUACAAGCUGAGUCACCGUUGAAUCGCAAGCUCAUAUAUAGUAUAACUAAAGGCAACGAUUUCGAGGAAUUCGCUCUGGAUUUCAACACAGCCCCCGACAGUAACAAUGGUCCUUGUGUAAUCUACGUGGUGGACGAGCUGGAUUACGAGCAAAAGAAACAGUACGAGCUGACCGUCCGCGCGACGGACAGCGUAUCAGGCGUCUACGCGGAGGUACUCGUUAGCAUCCUGGUGCUCGACGUGAACGAUUGCCCGCCCGAAUUCACUCAAGACUCGUACAACAUCUCGGUCUCCGAGGCUGCGCCGUUCGGCACUUCCGUGUUGAGAGUCAGCUCCAGAGAUAACGACACCGACAUCAACCAACAGGUUCGCUAUGCAAUUCAAAACGACACGGAAAACAGCACUGACCUGUUCCACAUCGACCCGGAGGAGGGUGUGAUCUUCCUGAAGAGAUCUCUAGAUCACGAGACCCACGAAUCGCACCACUUUACGGUGAUCGCGAUCGAUCGCGGUGUACCCAGUCUCUCGAGCACAGCCCACGUCUGGGUGACGGUGAUCGACAUGAAUGACAAUCCACCCAAGUUCGAACAACCCUCGUACACUUGCUCGUUGUCGGAACACGCGGAAAGGGGUCAGUUCGUGACGGUGGUAUCUGCCAGUGACCCGGACUACGUAGACGAUAAACUCACGUAUACGAUAGUCGGUGGUAACGAGCAACAAACGUAUAACAUCGACCAAUCCACCGGCAUCAUUUCGCUGAUCAAUAUGCAAAACUUUGGCGAGAAGAAACUCAGCAUGCUAAACGUUUCUGUCACGGACAAUGUGUACACCAGCUUCGCAAGAGUCAAGAUCGAGAUAUUGCCUGCUAAUAGACACAAUCCUACGUUCCAAAACCCUAUAGUAGAAGUGACAGUUUUCGAGAAUCAGUUGCCUGGCAGAUUGGUGACGAGUGUGAUAGCCACCGACGAGGAUUUCGGGGAAUAUGGCACGGUGAUCUACACGAUAGCUUCAGAUCUGAUGAAGGAGAUAUUUGACAUAAAUAGACAAACUGGCGAGAUCGUGACUAGAAAGAAGUUGAAUCGAGAAGAGCAGAAGUUGUAUGAAAUACCCGUGAUGGCUACUGAUGGAGGUGGCAGAUCAGGUUUCGUGAUUGUUAGGGUGAAAGUUGGAGAUGAAAAUGACAAUUCGCCCGUGUUUCUGCUGAGAGAAUACAAAGCCAGCAUUCAUGGAAAUUUGACUACUAAUACGCCGUUCCUGAAGGUGAAAGCUCAGGAUGCUGACGAGGAUGACGCUGCGAGGAUUGUUUAUUCGAUAUACGAACUGCAGACUUCGGAAGCGAAAGCGUUAUUUGGGAUUAACCCUGAUACUGGAGCGUUGUUCCUUCAAAAGAGUGCUAUGCCAUGGGAAAAUCAACUAUUCGAGCUCUUCAUUCGGGCGGAAGACAAGGGCGGGGCGACAACACAUCACGCUGACGUUCCCCUCAGCAUUUACAUAAUGGGACCGCAAGAUAUUCCACCUCUGUUUGAACGAAAAGAAGACAAAUUCUUCAUAUCAGAAGCGUCUCCUAUCGGAACACCUAUAACAAGGCUAAAAACCGUGACCAACACUACAGUCACAUACAGAAUAGUUUCUGGAGAUGAAGAUUCUCCACUUUUUAUGAUCGAUGCUAACGGACAAAUUACUUUAGUUAAACCUUUGGAUCGAGAGCUGAAGGAUAAUCAUUUGAUCGGAGUCCUCGCUGAAACGGACUCGAGUCCUCCAUUGACAGCUCUAGCUGAAAUUUCGCUGCAGGUGUUGGAUGAAAAUGAUCAUGCUCCUAAAUUCGAAAGUAAUCCUUAUGGUAUCAGUCUGGCGGAGAAUAUAGAGGAAGGAACAUCAAUUUUGAAAAUUAUCGCGCACGAUGAAGAUCUGGGUAGCAAUGGAGAGGUUCGAUAUUCCUUUGGCUCGGAUAUUGGCGAACUGGCAAAUGUCUUCACUGUAGAUACGUACACCGGGUGGAUAUCGACACUGGUUCUACUUGAUAAGGAAAAGCAACCGGAAUAUAAGUUUCAAGUGGUCGCUACCGACAAUGGAAAUCCAAAGCACUUCGCAAGAACUUCUGUGCACGUAAAGCUGAAGGAUUACAACGACAAUCCUCCCGCGUUCGUAGACGAUCGUUACGAAGCAGCGGUGAACGAAGACGCUCUACCAGGAACGGUCGUGGUCAAGUUAAUCACCAUGGACAAAGAUUCGGACGUAAAUACACCCAUAGAAUUCUACAUAACGUCCGGCGAUUCGAGAUCUCAGUUCCAGAUUAGAUCAACUGGCGAAGUAUACGUGGCAAAGGCUCUGGACCGGGAAACGAUCGAUCGUUAUGAGCUCGAAAUAGUCGGCACCGACGGCAAAUACGUCUUCAAGACGCGUGUAACGGUGCAAAUACUCGACGUGAACGAUAAUCCACCAUAUUGCCUCAGGUAUCGUUAUCGAGAGAUCCUGUCUGAGGGAUCGCAUCCUGGCACGUACGUGCUCACUGUUCUGGCCACUGAUUACGACGACGAACCGAAUGCCAAGUUGCGCUUCUAUUUAACCGGCGACAAUAACGACAAAUUCUCAUUGGACAAAGAGACAGGCGUAUUAAAGACGGUCGGUCAACUGGACCGGGAAACUCAAGCGAAAUAUUCGCUCACAGCGCAUGUACAAGAUAGAGACAAACCAUCUUGGGAAUGCUCCUCUCAGCUAGAAAUUCUGGUCUCAGAUUUGAACGAUAACGCACCGAAAUUUACUAUGCAGACGUAUAGCGCUACACUGCCCGAAGACGUCGAGGUCGGUACCUUAGUAACCAAAGUACAUGCCACGGACAAUGACAUCGGCAUUAAUCGUAAGAUCAGAUAUGAAUUCAUCGAUUCUGCCGAUGGUCACUUCCUCGUCGCAGCGGACAGCGGCAUCGUUACGCUUGGGAAGCCGUUGGACAGAGAAACGAAGGCCAUGUACAAUGUAACUAUACAGGCAGUUGAUCAGGGCACCCCUCAAUUGAUGAGUGUUACUUCGUUAAUUGUCAACGUGCAGGAUAUUAAUGACAAUCCACCGGAAUUCGCGUCGAAGGUGUAUUUCUCAAAAGUUCCUGAGAUCUAUGCAGUUGGAACGGAAGUAGCUCGAGUUCUUGCAACGUCUAAGGAUACUGGAGUCAAUGCUGAUGUUUACUAUUCGAUCGUUGGCGGAAAUGAACAUAAGAAGUUCCAGAUAGAUGCCCGUAGUGGCGUGAUUACUAUUGCGGAGCAAUUAGAUUUCGAACGUGCCAGAGAUUAUUUCUUGACGAUUCAAGCUAUAGAUGGAGGCAUUCCUCCUUUGAGUAAUCACGCUACGGUGAAUAUUACCGUGAUCGAUAGCAAUGACAACGCGCCGAUAUUCAGCGAAGUUUCAUACAGAGCUUCUAUACGGGAAGACGCAAAGAUUGGAGAAAAAGUUACGCAGGUAUUCGCAAACGACUUGGAUAGCGAGGAGAACGGGAACGUGUCUUAUUACAUCGAACGAGGUGACAGGCAGAAGCAAUUCUCGAUCGAUGAGAAAACAGGACAAAUUACUGUCGCCGCAUCAUUGGAUCGCGAAGAAAUCGGUAAUUACGUGUUGGAGGUUCACGCCCGUGACAGCGGCAUACCUAGGCUAUCCAGCUUCGUGAUGGUAAACAUCGAGAUUCUAGAUGCAAAUGACAACCCGCCGCUGUUCUCCCUCUCAAAUUAUACCGCGGUAGUGCAAGAAGACAAGCCCCUUGGCCACACCGUAUUACAAUUCGUGGUCACAGAUGCAGAUAUUGAACCGAACGCCGCUCCAUACACCUUCGACUUCCGUUCCGGGAACGAGGGUGACGCGUUCAGAUUAGAACAGGACGGCACACUGCGAACUGCUACCAAAUUCAACAACAGGGUCAAAGAUAAAUACGAGUUGCACAUACGCGUCUUUGACAACGGAAGCCCACCUCUCUAUUCCGACGCAUGGGUCGUGAUCAAAGUGAUCGAGGAAUCCCAGUAUCCUCCAGUAAUUACGCCUCUAGAGGUAGUUAUUAAUUCCUACAUGGACGAGUAUCCUGGUGGGAUCAUCGGAAGGGUUCACGCAACGGAUCAAGAUCAAUAUGACACGCUUUCGUACAGUUUGGUUCCAUCGUCUCCUAUCCCAAACGACCUCUUCAAAAUUGACAAAAUUGAUGGCACUUUGGUUGCCCUUCCGCGUCUCGAUGUUGGCGAAUACAGGAUAAACGUCAGCGUAACGGAUGGAAAAUAUCAUUCGCAUUCUAUCGUUAAAGUAAAUGUUGAUUUGGUAACGGAAAAGAUGUUGGAGAAUUCUGUAAUUGUAAGAUUCAGAGAAGUCAGUCCGGAAGAUUUUAUAUUAAGUCAUCGUAAGGGAUUCAUUAGAACCGUGCGCAACGCGAUGAACUGUAGAUUAAAGGAUAUCGUUAUUAUCAGCGUCCAACCUUCUACAGACGAAGUGAAUCUAAUUAAAUCUCGCACUAUUCGCCAAACCAUACACAACGAUCUGGACCUCCUAUUCGCGGUGAAGAAGAGCUCUACACCUUUGGGAUCACCGACCUUUUAUGGGUCUGAAAAUAUACGGGAGGCGUUAAAUCAGCGUAUCGAAGAACUCGAAGAAUCGACGAAAUUAGUCGUGGAAGAAAUUGUUAGAUUUAAAUGUAACAAAGAAUACUGCGUUUAUGGGGAUUGCCAAGACAAAAUUGUUCUCGACAUCACACAAAUAACACCUGUAGCUACUGACGUAAUGAGUUUCGUGUCCCCGCGACACAGACAUAAGAUGGAGUGCAGUUGCAAAGAGGGAUAUGCCGGGAAUCAUUGCGAGGUAGUCGUCAACGAAUGCGCCAGAGAUCCUUGUCCACUGUUUAAAGUCUGCAUUCCCGAUUCUUCGGUUCAAGGAUACUCGUGCCAAUGCCCUGAAGGUUUCGCCGGGCAAACCUGCGAUAUUGACAUCUCCAAGUGCCAUGACGAGUCUUGCUACAUUCCACGAAACCCCAUAUCGUUUAGUGGCAAGAGCUAUGCUCGUUAUAGGAUCGAUAAAGCCCUCAUCAAACAGACUAUCGAGGACCGUCUCAGUUUAUCUUUAAGGAUCAGAACAGUGCAAUUGACCGGAAACUUGAUGUAUGCAGCUGGUAAGAUCGAUUAUAAUAUACUAGAAGUCGUGAAUGGAGUUGUUCAAUACAAGUUCGAUCUGGGCAGCGGAGAAGGCUUGGUUCGCGUGAGCAGUGUAUACGUGAGCGAUGGACAGUGGCACGAAAUCCAAUUAGAACGAGAAAGCAACAGCGCCAAGUUGACCGUUGAUGGAAAGCACGUAGCUCAUGGAUCUGCACCUGGUAUCAACGAUAUCCUGAAUCUUCAAUCUGAUGAUCUUUACUUGGGUGCUGAAGUUAGACAACAUCCAUCAGUUUUGGGCUUCGAGGAUGUUCAACGUGGUUUCAUAGGAUGUAUGGAUGAUGUCAGAAUCGCCAGAGUAUCGGUACCGUUACAUAUGAGUGGCGCUAGCAGUGUCGCUGUCUUAAAACGCUUUGCAAAUGUGGAAUUCAGCUGCGACGCUGCAACGGUUUUGGUGCCCCCAGGGAUCUGUGGUUCGCAGCCCUGUCAGAAUGGCGGAACAUGUAAAGAUUCUGGUGGCGACAACUAUGAGUGCCAAUGUCACAGCAGAUUUGCAGGGCUCGCUUGUGAAAUUGAUACCGAUCCUUGCGCCUCUUCACCCUGUCUCUACGGUGGUCGUUGCAAAAUCGUACCAGAGGGAGGUGACUUCACUUGCGAAUGUGUUGGACCAAGUCUGAGUGGGAAACGCUGCGAAUUCGGAAGAUAUUGCAGUCCAAACCCGUGCAUUCACGGUGGAGUUUGCGAGGAAGGCAAUAAUGGGCCAAUAUGCAAAUGCCAAGGAUUCAUGGGAGAACGUUGCGAAACAGACGUUAAUGAAUGCGACGCCAAUCCCUGCACAAAUGGAGGAACCUGCGUGAACGAAAUAGGGACCUAUAGAUGUAUCUGUCCUCCUAAUAUGACCGGAUUAAACUGUGGAAAUCCGGCGUAUUCUACACCAAUUAUAUCGAGCCACUUUAAAAUCACAUGGGAGCAGUUAAUGUGGAUUGGCUUUGCAGUAAUAGUGAACAUAUUCCUGAUCAUCAUAUUCUUCGCCUUCCGACGGAUCAGGAUGAAACGCACGAGAGCACGGACGAAUAACAUCAACAAUGAGACCAGGAAGCAAAUUGUUUUAAAUUCAGCGCGACCUCAUGAGCACGAGUUCAAACGGAGCUCAAAAUUGAGCAACCUGGAAGUGAUACAGAGAGAACCUCCCCAAUGCCCUCCUAGACCCGCUUCCUAUACUCCCAGCUCGAACAACGAGCCAGCCGCGUACGGUAACUCGGCAGCGGUGGCACUAAAUAAUUUAGACACGCUGCGAAGUUAUGGCAGCGCCGGUGACGAGCUGGAGAAUUUCCCGCCAGAUUAUUUGAGAAACCUAAAUCGCAGCACACCUGUGCCCCCUCCGUCCUUAACCCUCGCUAACCCAGUCGGCGGAAACGCUACAGGCAGCGACACGGAUAGCCUUCAUAAGCCGAGCUGGCAAGAGCAGAUGCAACUAGCUUCCUUCAUCACGGACACGACAAAGAUAAAAAAUGACCUGAAACGAGCGAGCCCAGUGGUACCGGAGCUGACCACUGGAGGACUUCUACUAAAUCCUUCUCGACGCGUGCCUCAUGGAGGUGGGACCUCCGUUGCCUCCAUGACGUCCAUCGAGGAUGAUCCUCGUAUAGUCGGUGACUGGGUCAGGCCAAGCCAAAACCCCUUGCCUAAUAUCACGGAGGUGCCUGGAAGCGAAGUACCAGACUCGUCCAGCUUCCACAGCAAUGAGAGUAACGAAUCAAACACUCAUCAGUUACCGUCAGUGCACGGCUCUGUAGAUCCAGCGAGGGACAUCGAGACGUUGAACGAAGAUCAAGAAUCAGAGUACGUCGGGGACUCGGAAUGCGGGACUGAAUUUUCUGAGCAGUAUCAGUGCGCGGAAACGCAACGUUUAAAUCCCUUGGAUAGCGGCGGCGAGGGAGAAUACAAAUAUAAAGGUUCCGAAAGUUAUCUCCGUCAUCCAAACUCUUAUCUACCGCAUUACAACAUCCACACGGACACGGAGAACGAAACAAAUCCUUUGAAUGGACGUCUUAGUACUUUAGAAUCCGACGAGGAGGAAGACGAUGUAGUGCCUUAUGGUUUCCCAAGCACCCGACGCAACCGAUGCCACAAGGGAGACGAGGUCGACGAAAUCGGUUCGGUAAUCACCACGCUCGAAGAGAGAAAUUCAUUAUUGGGCGGUGCAACCAGCAACAGCGACUUAUCAACCAACUUAUGCGAAAUUGACGAUUCCGAAUACGAGAUCGCCGAUCAAAAGAGCAAUGGCCGCUUGUGGUUGUCGGGGAAUGGUAUCACGCAGACCUCGGUGUGACAAACAGUGGUGCCACGACUUGAGAACAGACUGAACGUGAUCGUGUUUUUCUGUGCUUCUUGAACAAAGACAGUGCGAAUGUUAUGUGAAUAUACGACGAAAAAAUAUUGUACAUACGUAUUAUCGAAUCAGAGGUAGAGAGAAAGAUAGAAGGUCUGUACAGAGGCAGCUAUGAAUAUAAGGAAAUUGAUGAAUACGAGCUAAUUAAAGAACGGUAUGGAAAUAAUCACAUACUGAGCCAACGGUGUGCACCGUUCGCACAUCGUACCUCAAAUCUCCUAUGUAGGUAGAGCUUAGGUACUUUAACGUACUUAAUUCAGCGAUCCUCGAAACAAUUCUAUUGAGCCGCAAGUAUGAAAAUGAACGUACAUGUAUCUGGGAACAAUUCUUGUUUUCAUACGACACUUACGUUAUAUAUUUCAUGGUAAUUAAAAUAGGGCCAUUCAACGAAUUGGUAAGGAAGUUGGUUACAAAACAUUGCAUAUUCUAUCGAAGACGCAUUCAUUUUAUAGACAAGUUACAUUCUAACGAUUUUGCGAUAUAUGGACCAUUAGGAGUUUCGUUUAACGGUAAAACAUCUUUUCAAUUCUACCAGAGGGGAUGAGGUUUAGUAAAAAAAAUAUAUAAUAUACAUAUGUAUAUGUAUACAAUAUGAAAAAUAUAUGUAUACAUAUAUAUCGUGACAACUAUACGCAACUAUUACGAGUAAGAAAUUAUCUUGAUUAAGGAUAAAAUUUGUUACUUGAGAGAAGUAAAUUUAAUCACGACCGCGUUGUCAGACCAAUGACUAUUAUUUAAUGACCUAUCGUUUAAAUUUAAAACUUAUCCACAACUAUAAUUCCACUGCAAAAAAAAUACAUAGGUACAUUUAUGUAUUUUUACUAUUUGCUAACCGACUUUAUUUUGGUUACAUACGAAAUAAACAGAAGGACUACUUAAUAAUAUAGAUAUAAGUACAGCAUAGUCUAGUGAGUAAAUGAAUUGACUCUAGUGAAAAAAACAGUGCUCUGCUUCUAGGGCGAAUAUAUGUGCAUGUCUGCUGGCGUUUACUGCAGCAAAGCACAAUAGUUAAAGAGAUAUGAAAUAUUUUUACUGUGAUGAUAAUAAUGUUUAUACAAUGAUCAAAUACUAUGACUUGUAUGAUAAUGAUUGUAAUAUUAACUAUCCAACGUUUUUUAAAAGAAAAGAAAUUAAAAAAUCGCGGAAGAUAGUAUUCCAUUUCCGCGCGUACGUAUUGCUAAGUCAAUGUUCUAUUCGUUUAACUGCAUCUAUUUUAUUUUCCCUCUCUUCUUUUCUCAUUUCUUAUUUCGAACUUUUCCUUCCAUUAGUCACCAUCGGUUCAACAGACAUAACUGCAUAUAUGGUGCUACUACUUACAUCACGCUUUAACAUUUUUAUCUACUCGAUAAGACUGCUCAGCAAUGUGAAUCGUACGCAAUUCAUCGACACUCUUAUCAUGAAUUACAUAGUUCUCACGCUGUUAUUUUUCAUCAUGAAAAUCUGUCCAAGUAACGAUAAUGAAACAUUUUUUGAACUGCCAACUUAAUAAUAAAUGCCGUACGAACAAAGGUAUUUCCCUUGAUUAAUUUGUGUAGUUAAGCGUGACACACAAAGGGUCAAGAAACUGUUAUUUCUGUGCCUAAUAUCUUUUAAAUACCGUGUACUUCCAUGCAAGAUAAGUUUUCUUUCCGUUGGACAAAUAUUUUAGCGGCAGCUUAAUUGGGAGAGGUGUACACGUUCUUUUUAUACAUGUAGAAUUCUACUGGCAAAUUUAUUGUUUAUGUUCCUGUUCUGUAAAGAAUGCUAGCCAUCUUAUUCUACAUUUAGUGGGAUAAAUCAGUAAACCACGUUAAUAAUAAUGUGAAACAGGGUGACAUAUUCUUUUUUUGUUUUGACCAAGAGGAAGAGAAAAUUGUCUUCUUCUUAUAUAAGUUUGAAACAGCUGUGCCUCUCCUUUCUGAAAUUUCAAUGCAAUUACUUACACGGAUACAAUUGAACAUAGACAAUUUAUUCUAUAUUAGAAUGAAAUAUAUAAGAAUACUGUACAGUUUUAACUUAACAAAUUGUAUCAGAAUCAACAUCAACACGCAAUGAAAAUUUCAGUUUGCGUCGAAGCACAGCGAGGUUCGUAACUGUUAAGAUUAGUUUUAUAUUUUACGGAUUAACAAUGAAAACAUAUUGGUUAAAGACUGUAAACUGAUGCGGAUGAAAAGAGAUCAUCCAUUUAUAAAUAUUGUACCAAUCAGUUUGUAAUCAUGUGGACGUUACAAAACAUUUGGUUGUAAAGAUAAAAAUAAGGGAGCGCAAUAUUUUAUAGAAGUUCUGACCGAUUAGCGAUAUUAAGGUUUGGACGAAACGUUUUCGUAAAGUAGGAUUUAAUAAUUUCGCACUAUUAAUGGUUUAAGCAAUCGGAAUUGAUCGAAACGAAUAAUUUCAUUUGUGUGCGUUUACUUUUUUUAUUUUUCAAACUACUUAUUAUGGAUCUUUAUACUUGACUAUAAUUUAUAAAAUAAUAAAUAGUUCCAGUUAUUUCUUAUUUUAUUGUAACUUGCCAUAAUUAUACGACAAUGAAGAAUGUAGGAAAUUAAACACGAAAAAGAUGUGGGUACAACUUCCAAAUUCACCGCAACUUAGCCCUGCUAAUAGGAUACAUAUCGAUAUCAUGAAAUCCUUCAAACAAUGAGGAACUUGACUUGUUAUAAUUAGAAGGCUAUAAUUAAUUUGUACAAGAUCAACCUAUUGUAAUAAAUAAUACAAUCUUGCCUA